AUAUUGUAAAACAAUUCUCACGACAGGCAGGUGUGAUAAAACUUCACAUAAACACGACAGUCAUAUUUUUGAUUUCUAUUCUUAUCCCCCCAAAAAGUAGAAGCUCUAUUAGUACCGGAAAAUUAGGAAAGAAAACAUCGUAGCGCAAGUAUUGCACAUAAGUAUUGCACAUAAGUAGUGCACGAUUUUAAAUUUUAAUGAUCCCGAGUAAUUAUUACUUUUAAUUUGUUUGAGAUGACAUAGAUACAAUCCAGAAAUGAAAGCUCUCAAAACCUAGCGACAAACGUGUUAAGUAAAUCGAAUAACAAACAAAUGAUAAAUUCAGUUUCAAAUUGCAAAGACUCGUCUACCGAGUUCUCCACACCGUCCGAGGAGGAAAACAUAAGCUAUUACUUAAGCUGUUACACGACUCAGACUUGAAGGCCGGGGUCGUGGCACGCGAGACUCGUGCAGUUCAGAAUCUCACGGUCCCGAUGACCGGUCAUGCCGAUCUUCGCGCGAUCCUCGCGCUACAUAUAACGCGGAAAAAGUAUAUCUCUCGGGGAAACUGCUUACGCAUAUUCUCAUUCUCAGUGGUGACAAAGUGCACCGAGUGUGGAAAUUAAGAAGUUCUGUGCGCGGUUGACUUGAAAAGAGAUGGACACGUAGUUUAAUUAGCAUUAUGCAGAACCGUGAUACACUACGCAAGUGUGAGAAGAAGACAGUGUAGUCGAGUAAAUUUUUUCUCUUAAUCGUUUGCUUUUAGUUCGGUAUUGUGCACUUGUGUUAUAAACUGUGAAAAGUAAGGCUCGACAAUAAACAACAAUGGGAAACGCGAGAUCGCAACCCUGCGGAAGAGGCAAAUCGCUCUAUCUGUUCUACCUUAUCCACCGAACGUGGAACGUCGUCGUAGAUCAUCGGAAGGAUCAAGAUCGAUGUGACGAUACCGAUGGAGAAACGGACCUAUCGUCAAAGUGCAGCACUUGCAACGUAUGCGAUUACCGACAGGACAGCCUAAUCUUCGAAAGCGAGUCGGACAUGGCGCCGAAUGCGGAGGAGGAGCUGCUGGUUGUAAAACCAUGGGGGCCGCAACCGGAAAAGGAACGCUUAAGACCACCCACGUAUAAUGCCGAAGAUUACGCAAUCGCGCUGAGACGAUGGGGAAGGCGCCCAUUAGGAACCGUUCAAGACUCUCAAGGUACUCUGCCGUCGACAACCAGUUCGAGUUCCGGUUAUGCAUCCGGAAGUGGCGAGAUGACCUUGAGACAGUUCACGUCGGUCAGCGAGCUGUUAAAUAAACUCAGAGCCGACCUCAGACUCGCUUUUCCCAGCUUCGUGCAGGAGUUCGCCUCCCCGCCUGCGGAUGGAAUCACCCUGCUGCUGGAAACCCUGCGCGGCGUUCAACUAGCUCAGAGUUCACCGCCGAGUUCCGGGCAGACCGGACCUAGGAUCGGCACCAGGAGGGCCGCCCUGGACGAGUUGGGCUGCGUGGAAUGUCUGGCGGCGUGUGGCGAACGAUGCGCCGAUGCGCCGCGGCUAUUAGUGCAGGCGCAACCCGGCCUCCUGGCUCUCGCGGUUUGUCUGACCAGCAGUCUGAACCGGUCCCGAGUUCUGGCUCUUCAGCUCCUGACAAAAGUGUGUCAAGCACCAGGUGGACACGCGGCUGUUUCGGAAGCGGUGUCGACUCUGCGACUCAAAUACGGAGAAGGGGGGAGAUUUCGAUUUUUAGCUGGCGCUCUUUUAGCCCCGCGGGCGGCCAUCGCGCUGAGGGUCGCGGGAGUUUCAUUUCUGAAUGCUUUUCUAAAGUCUGCACCGCGCACGCAAACCAAGCUAUACAUCCAGGCUGAGGCCUGCGAAGCUGGCUUAGAGCCGCAGGUACUUCAGGAAUGGCUGAGAGAAUUCGACGGACGCGAAGAGGACGCAUUAACCGAUUUACUGCACAAGGAAGUUCAGAAGUGGACACACAACUGCGUCGACGUGGACGCUCUGCAGCGCAGGGUGACGCGCGCGGAGGAGACCUGCAGAAUGCUCAGCAAGAAGGUAUCGCUUCUGCAGAUGCAGCUCGAGAAACGGAACGACCGCAAUGUGGAAGAGCAACGGGACAAGUCCGCGUCGACGAUCCUCAUCGCCGCUAAAAGUCCGAAAGUAUCCUCGCACGCGGAGGACGAAGGUAUCAGCUCCUCGGAGAGAUCCAGCAGCCCCGAGGACACGAAGCACCAGGCGAGGACCAAUCGGCAAAAAGCCUCACCUGUGCAAAGCAACGAUCAAGAGACGACGAUAGACGACGUGAUCGAGGAGCUGCGGAUCAUAGUGAAGGAUGCCGAGGAAGAAUUCAGCGACAAGACUCAGGAGCUAAACCGUCGUGCUAAUAACGAUCACGAGAUCACCCGCAACGAACAGAAAUCGGAUAAAAACGACUUGUACCGCUCGAAUUCCAAAGUAUCGUUAAAUAACUCCGAGAGUUAUGUAUACGACAAGGUAUCCAAGGUGGACCAGUACGCGGAAUUGAAGAUGCUGAAAUCUAACGCGGGCCCGAAUGCGUUUCAAAGUCCGAUGAAGGGCGAGCAGGUGACCUACUUCGGCAACGAUCAAGACUACAGCACGGACUCGGAUGGCACGAAGAGAUCGAGCCCCGGCGGGCCGCGCAAAACGUCCAAAUCGUCGAUGGAGGGCAGCGUCAAGAUCGUCGUGAAGGGACCUGACGUGGAGGAGGCAAUAGUGCCGGCUAUUCUACAUCCGCAGCCGCCACGAAGGGCACCGCCGUGCCUGUCGGCCAUCCUGGCCGCCAGGCACUGUGACUUCGCCGACCCCACGGAGAUGUACAACUCCCACGACGAGGAGGUCGAGGAGGAGACCCUGGGUGACGGCAGCGAUUCGUUGCUGAGUGCCUCGAAGCUCAAGUAUAACAGCAAACAUCAGAUCUACGACGGACAGAUGAGGAGCGGUGAGGAUCACUUGCAGAAGCAGACCAAGAGCGACGUUGUACUGAUAGGCCCGAGUCGUAUCGACGUUAAGCUAGGAAAGAGUCUCGACGAUCUGCGUCACUUCGGGGAUAACGACGCGAAAAGCCGAAAAACGUUGAGAAGCUACGAGGUAUCGAAGUCGAAGAUGAUCGCGGAUGUCAGACCGAUCGGCAGGCAGAUCGACGUCUACAGGCAGUUCGAUUCUGUUACCAAGGGAUUCGAGACGUCCUCCGGACGAUCGGCCGAUCAGCGGACGAUUCAUCGGCACAGCUCCAAGUACAGGAGCGAGAUAGAAAAGAGGAAGUACCUACGUCGCUCGGCUAGUCACGAUUAUCUCGAAUCGAACAUGUCCAGCCCGCAGUCGAGACGGUCAGGGAGUAGAGUGGAGUGUCGCAUCAGGAAGUUCGAGAGCCUAAACUCCUUCGACGAGCACCGCAGCUUGCAGAAUUAUGAGAGAUCGAACGAGUCGGAGAAUCACGGUAAACAGGAGCAGCACCUGGAUCCUUCCAGAUUUAAGAUGCGCCGAUCGGAAUCCUUCCAUCACAUCUCCCUUCACGGAUCGAAGAGGGAUCAAUGCUCGUCGAAGGGGGACAGCGACAGCGGUCUCUUCUAUAUCACGGACUUCAAUCUGAAGCCCGUUGUCACGAGACGACCGAGAUCGAUCGACGCGCCCAAGUCUCCCAGUCUGAUAACGAAAUCGCUGGACAGGAUUGACGAGGGUCUAGAUUCGAUGGUCGACAUUGUUAUUACGCAAGAGCAGAAUCAGUGGAACAAGGGGGACAAGCGUCAGUCGAAGGCGGUCAAGUCCCGCGACGAGAAGCAGCUGAGAUCGAGGGCGGUCAGACUAGAAGACUUCUGUGGCAAUUCCUCGGACUUGGAUCAUCAGGGGCGGCGGGAUAAUCUCGUUUCUAGAAGCAACCAGCUGAAGAAUGACGAACUGUAUCACGUUAACAACAAGCAAUUGAAAAGCGACGAAUUUUACGACGAGCAAAGAACUCGUGAAUGGAAUUAUCAUAAUGAGUUGAAUUAUGCGAAGAGCAAGGGCGAAACUAGCUCGGAAGACUCGCCGGUGAUAUUGUCCAAAAGUGGUAUACGGCACAAUUCCUUUUGUCAGAAGGAUAAGGUCGGCAAUAAGUUCUCUAGCAGACCGAACGACUCGGGGAUUUUUGCUGGACGAACGUACGACACAUUUGGCCUCGGAAAGAGUCGUUUUAACGCUGGCAAGUAUUCGGGAAAUCAGCAAAUUAAAGAAAAUCCAAUUAGUCGAAGAAACACGACGUCUUCGUUGAUUGGGAAACGUGGGAAAGUGACAGACGUUGUCUCUGGUCUUUAUUGAACGCGUGUAAAGGAUGAAUUUUAUAUGGGGGCCCUAAAGAAUCGGUGGAAAUUAUUCGAGCAGUCUUCAUUUUCACGUAUAUAGAAAAUGAUUAAAUGACUACUCUUGUUUAAUUCAUUUAAAAAUAAUUAAAUCAAUAAUUAAAUCAACAUUACGCGUUUUGGGAUUAAAUAAUAACAGAAAGAGUUCUAUCUUUAAAAUUAUUUUAUAAAAGUAUUCCAGAUAUAUUAGAGUAUUAUAUAUACCAUUUAAAAUUAAUGCAAAGAAACCAAUUAUUUUACUCUUGUUUUAAAUUAGAUUCUACGCCAAAUUUAUACGAAAAAGUAUAAAUCUAAUAUACCGCCCGACAACAAAGUAAAACUACGUAAGUAUGAGAAUUUGUGAUUUCCAUUACGUAUGAGAGAGCACAAAGAGAGAGAUGCGGGUGCAUUUUAUCGAUCGAUACACGAGUACAUUAUUUCUUAUUAGAUAUAAAUCGAAUAGAUGACAAGAAUGAGAUUUUUCAGUGCAAUAUUUUUGAGUAUUAUUACUCUCUACGUUACAUUUGUAACAAUUAUUACAUUUACAUCGAAUAUACACAACGAAUACACGUUCUUUUUAUAACAUAAAAUAAUUCUUCUGGUGAUGGACUCUUGUGUACCUUCACUACAUUGUGUGAUACGGUUUUUUGUUAACAACGAUUAUAUAUAUGCAACAGUAGUGCAAGUGCCAACUAAGAUUGUACUUUUCUAUGUAUUACUAUGUACAUAUGAAUAUGAAGACGAGAUUGAAAUAAUGCUUAAUAUACAUUAGGAAAGUAAACAUUAGGUCAAGCAGCAGGAUUAUUUAUAACUUCUAAAUUGCAAAAUUAUUUUUUGCACUAAGAAAUAAGAAUAAAACCUUCUCAUGUUAAGAAAUAACUUUAUUUCUACGUCGCUUUUAAUUUAUUGUUUCGUGUGCUUAAUAUCAUUUAAAUAAAGAUUGUAACUAUG